AUGAAGUUCAAGUUGUUCACAGGUUGGAUUUUCAGAGGAUGGAUAGUCUGUCUGCUUCUGCUGCUGAAUGCCAAGAUGGGCGACUCCAAACCAACGUGUAAGAAUGACCAAUAUCUAAUGGAGUCCAGAUGCUGCAGCAAGUGUGGACCAGGCACGCGACUGUUUGCUGAGUGCACUGAUACAAAAGACACUGUAUGUGUCAAAUGCAAUUUUGAUGAAUACCAGUCUGGUUGGAGCACAAAGAAAAUCUGCACCCCACAGAAGUACUGUGACGAAGGGAAAGGGUUUGGGCCAAGGCCUCAGAACCUUGUAGCAGAAGAACCAUGUCCCUGCCGUCCCAACUUCAGAUGCUCUCCAAUCAACUGUGAGUACUGUGAGCGGAUCCACACCUGCAGCUCUGGAUAUGGACUCGAAAUAGUGGAGGGAAAGAAGAUAUGCCUUCCCUGUAAGAAAGGGUUCUUCUCCAAUGAAGACAGCGCUGAUCAAUGCAAGCCAUGGACAAACUGUAAAGCGUUGACCAGGACGGAGCUCCAGGCCGGCACUGCUGAUGCUGAUGCUGUGUGUGGAGCACCUGUGUCUAGUGCAGCUCCUUCAUGGGUGAUAGUCUCAGUGCUGUCGGUCAUCACGGUUCUCUGCCUCCUCAUCCUCCUGCUCUUCUGCUACAAAGACAAGAUGAAGCUGCUUUCAGUUAACCUGCGAUCCUGUGUCCAGAAUUUGAAGAGAACGCGAAUUCAGCAAGAGACGUUGGCCCCGCUCUAUCCCAGUGGCGUGACUGGAGGUCUUCCCAAAUGCAGUCCAUGUGAAACCACCAAACUCGUCUGUCAGGUCCCACUCACCCAAACCGAGGACCCUCCUUUCCCGUCGGCUCUGGCUGCCAAAGCUCUGCGGCCACAGGAGGAGAUGGAGAAGGAAGCGUGUCGGGAGAAGACCUACUCUGUGGACCUGAGCGAGGGGUUUGGAGAACCUGAAGAGGUGUCGGAGGACGAGGGGGAUAUGGUCAGUGCCCCUUCGGUUUCAUGUGGCUGUGUAGCUUCUGUCCAAGAGCCGCUGGAGGUGGGAGAGAAUGAAGACUGUAGUCAGGCCGUGGAUCCUGGAACUUUGCGAACGUGCUGUUGUGGAGAGGAGCGAAAGAGAGAAAGUGAUGGAGAAAAUAAAACCGACUAUGUGACUGGAGUAUCACUAGUAUCUCUUUCAUCCCACAGUCCACCCCAUGAACUCUGUCUGCCCUUGUCAAAAGCCAACACUAACAUUGCCAUAAAAGCAGACACUUUUAAACUGGAAGAGCCGUACAAACUGAAAUGCUUAGAUGUGACUUCCAUAGACAAUACCAGUAGUGUAGCGUCAGCAGUGAGCUCCGUCGGCCCACUGAUGACUUCCUCUUUUGGGGGAGACGUCUAUCAGGACAGACCACCACAGUGCUCCAGCCUGGGCCCGUCCUGUGAGGAGAAGGGGGCGAAACAGCUCUCGACUGGCGACUGUGAUGUUGAGUGUCCAGGAAGCCUCCAAAGUCAGCUGGUAGAGCCAAAUAAUACCUCAGGUCAAGUCUCUGGACACCACAACACUACCUUUAUCUCCAGUGGGCAGGUGAUGAACUUCAGUGGUGACGUCAUCGUGGUUUAUGUCAGUCAAACAUCUCUCAGUAACGAGGAGGCGGGACCUGACGAUGCCUUUGGGAGUCCAGUGCAGGAACAAGCCGAGGACACCAUGUUUCUGGAGAGUAGCUCAACACAAAACUCACUAAGACAAAGCACUUUCCAAGAGCCCACGCUGCCAGUUCAGGAGAUGAUGGAUGAGCGAGCACCUGAAAAGAGGAAAGGGACAAAAUAA